AUGGUGAAACCCUCAGCUGUUCGUGGUAAACCGAUAUCAGGUCGUGUCUGGAAAGUUCCCCGAACAAAACGUUAUUCAUCCAUACGUAAGGAUUCGGGCUUGCGAACAACCUGGGAAAAGAAGAUGCACUUAAAGAAGGAACAACAAGAGCGCCGUCAGGAUGACGCGAAUCGUCGGGAAGCUCGUGCACGCGCCAAGGAGGCUCGGCGCCUCGCUGAGGAGGCACGAAAGCAGCGCCGUCUGGAAAAUGAACGACGCGCCGAAACUGUUGUUCCUAUUAAGAAUCUUGCGAAAUUAAAGAAACUGAAGAAGAGUCAACUGCGUACAAUUGAGAAACGCUAG